GUUAUGCAAAAUAAGCCUUGUAGGGAUGUUGUUUCCAAGCAACACCGUUUGUGCAAAAUCGCGUUUGGAGCCGUUUUCAAAGAAAACAAUUCAGUAAAUGAUGCAUCGAGCAUACCAGCCGUUGACACCAGCCAAUAAUAUUUACUUGAGGCAAAGAUGGGAUCAGGAGUUCUACGAAGAACACAGGAAAAAGAUUUCCUUGGCCAAGUCGGUUAUAGACAACAAUCCACCAAAGACUUACAUGCAUCUUCACAUCAAACUUAAGAAAUUACAGAUGGAGGGCGAGAGACUAGCUAUAGUGGAGCGAGACAAUCGUAUAUUACUAGAGAAAAUGGCGCACAUCAUGAGAACUGGCGGCAGAGUGGAUAACCGGAAAGAGGAUUAUAAACAAAAAAGUCUCAAUAAAACCAAGAGACAACGGGAACUUCUGAGAAUCACCCAUGAGAACUUUGCUAUUCUGAAAAGAUUAACGGCCAAGGAACCCCACUAUCACCACAUGCGAUGGCAGGAUGAAUGGAAUAUUAACCAAAGAUAUAUGAUGAACAUUUCAAAGUUUCCUCACUAUUGGAAGAAUAAGCAUCUUGUCCCAUACGAGGUUCAUAAAGAGAAAAUAGCAGAUGCUAACAGACGUAUCAGAAAUCGGCAAGAGCAACACGUAAACCACAAAGGAUCUAGACCCGAUGCCAGUGGAUCUAAGGGGAGUGUUCCGAUGUCUAAUCAUUCAGGAUUACAAAGUCCUCAAAUCUGUGUUCAGUCCCCCUCCUCCCCCCACGUGGAAGACUGCAUCGUAAAAGAAAGUGGUUAAAAACUAGGACAUCUUUUUUAAAAAUCUCCUUUCAAGAAAGAUAAAUAAUAUGGAAGGAUUUUUAAACAUCAAAAUAAAAUAAAAUUUUCAUAGAAGGAAAUUAAUAUUGACACAUAUCUUAUAGGGUGCCAAAUUUUUAAGCCAUAUUAAAUUACAUUAUGUAAAUUUAAUCAUAAAAAAUAUAUAAAGAAUAAACGAAUUAACUCGA